GAAAACAUGUGAAUGUGUUGAAUCAUCAGUCGACUUGAAAAACAUGACAUUGCCGUGGAUCGAUAUUUCCCAUUCGAAGAUGAGUGGAUCAGCUCUUUCCCCGUUCUAGAAGAUGCGAUCAUGCAAACUGCCUGCCGCCAGCCGUUGUUUCCUGUCGGACUGUUGCCGUCGUCGACAUGCCUCGAGGCCCAGAUGAUCCGUAAGAAAGAAAGUGAUCAGCAACGUGCUGCUGGAUUCCUUUUCUUGGGACAUCCGUCCAUGCCAUCCAGUCGCAAGCAAUGGCAGCCCUCCAUCCGAGCAAACACGACAAAAAGACGUGGGAUGGACACAAUGGUGGAAAGUAGACCUUCUAGGCGCCGACCGGGCAGGGCAUCGAGUCGUCGGUGCCAUGCGACGCGACGACAGAAAUUGGAAUUGGAGACGAAGUGAUGAGGCUUGGCAUGUUCCUGCGACUGAAGGUCGGGCGAGUGGAGCUCUCAGAUUCCGAGUUCAAGGACUGCAGUGGUCCGGACCUCCAGCUGCCAGUGCGCGCGGAGCAGCAGCAGCAGCAGCGAGUCACUGUCACUGGAGAGGCCACCACUGCAGCAUGGAGCGAAGGGAAAAGAGGCAGAAGUGGAGCCUGCCAAGAAACUCGUAGAGUUUUUUCUUUAGCGUGUGGUUUAUCAGUGACUGUUGUUCUAGGAGGAAGCGAAGGAACAUGAUGAGGUUAUCAUCCGUGGACGUGAUCCAUGACUUGGGUAAGGUACAUGUGGUGCUGGAGGACGACGGGGAUUCGAUACUUUACUAUGUAGUUUUCGAGGAAGAGACAACCAACAAAGAGAAAGGAAAUUGCAGAGGCCCGAGCUG